UAGCGCUUCUCCACAGGAAUUCCAGACGGGGACCCGCCGGAGUUCGGCCGCGCGCGCCGCGUGAAGCCGCCCCGCAGGCCCACUGCCCUCUGUUGGGCGUGGGGACGCAGAGCCGAGCAACGCAGAGCCCUUUGCCAGAAUACUGUGGAAAACAUAGGCAAUUUUUUUUUUUUUUAAAUAGCCAUCUAAGUUCUCAUUGUUUCUUUGGCACAGUUCUUUUAUAUUGAAGUCGUGGUCAAUGUGGAGAGGACCUCUGCCCCAACUAAAUUUUCCAUUGAGUGGUCUCUUCUAUAUAUGACUUAUCCCCAGGGGCAAAACAUGCCUAGAGCAUAUUCUAGGCAAAAGCAAACUUGAUCAUAUUGUGUUUGACUCUCUCUGUGUGGGCCUCUCAGUUUGGUGAACUGAUCUGGCAGGUGACCUUGAGAGCUUAUUUUUCUUAGACCAGAGGCACGCCUAAGGAACCCUUGAUGAGGAAGAUUUGAAAUCUAUCGUUUGAGGCAUGCAGUGUGAACCCUGCCUGUUAAUAAUUGCAUAGGAAUGAUUGCUAUAAGUAUAAAAUGUACUGUUCCUGCCUCUGCUCACCUUUGUCUGAACUCCCACGUCCUGUAACCCCUAGCAACUCCUGCCCGUCCUGUAGCCCUUAGCAACCCCCAGGUUCUGUAACCACCUGUAAUUUAUAGAAACUGUGUAACCAAUCAGUACCAACUGUAGCUAUAUGUCUUAAUCUAUAAAAGGAGAAAACUGGCCCGAAAUGGGGCCCAGAAUUUUGGAGCGUUAGCUUGUCUGGUGCCGCUGGGUCAAUAAACCUGAGUUCUCCAACUCUCUGAGUGUGGUGCUUGGUUUCUCGUGGGAUCAAGUUCUGCAACAUUUUUGGAGGCCUGAGCGAGAUUCCAACCACACCUGCCCCUUGAGCCGCCGGACUGGUGGCUCGGCUGAGUCGGAGUGAAGGAGGUCCGAGACGAACGAGGAGGCGCGCCACCUGAUGGUAUUCCGGGUUCUCUGUCGGACCGGUGCUCUAACUCUCUGGCCGGCCGAGCCCCAACUGGACUCAUUAGACAGAGGGACCAACUCAUCCAGAACAGUUGCAACCCAGAACCAGGAAUAACAUCGUGGGUCCACCACACCUGGGUGAAGAAAGCAGCGCCUCUGGAAGAGUGAGAGACCUGGACUGCAGAAACUCAUCCAAGCCAGCCGCUUCGGAUCUUCCUGCAAAAGCAGCCAAGCCAACCUAGGAACUUCAGCCCGGCUCCAGUCACUCCAGGGCUGACUGGUCUACACACGGCGGAAGCUUGAGGAAUUCGACAAAGACCAAGGGAUAUCAGCCUACGGGCCCAGAUGACCUGGAAAUUGACACCUUAUAAAGCUUUUAUGGGUGUCAAGAGGGCGGAAUGAUGAGGAAGAUUUGAAAUCUAUCGUUUUAGGCCUGCUAUGUGAACCCUGCCUGUUAAUAAUUGCAUAGGAAUGAUUGCUAAAUGGCAAGAAGUCUUUUGAAGACAUCACCUAUCCCUAUAAAGACAAAACUGAUGCAUCAAAUAGGGUUGUCACUUUAUAAUACCUCUCAGGGCUUCCAUGAGGAUGAAGUGAAAAAAAAACUUGAGCAGUUUCCUGGUGGAUCCAUUGACCUUCAGAAGGAAGACAGUGGCAUUGGCAUUCUUACUCUGAACAAUCCAAGUAAAAAGAAUGCCUUCUCAGGUGUUAUGAUGCUACAACUUCUGGAAAAAGUGAUUGAGUUGGAAAAUUGGACAGAGGGGAAAGGUCUCAUUGUCCGCGGGGCGAAAAAUACUUUCUCCUCAGGUUCUGAUCUGACUGCUGUGAAAGCACUAGGAACUCCAGAGGAUGGAAUGGCCAUAUGCAUGUUCAUGCAAAACACCUUAACAAGACUUAGGAGACUUCCUUUAAUAAGUGUGGCACUGGUUCAAGGUUGGGCUUUGGGUGGAGGAGCAGAAGUUACCACAGCAUGUGAUUUCAGAUUAAUGACAACCGAGAGCGAGAUCAGAUUUGUCCACAAGGAGAUGGGUAUAAUACCAAGCUGGGGCGGUGCUACCCGGCUAGUUGAAAUAAUCGGCAGUAGACAAGCUCUCAAAGUGCUAAGUGGGGCCUUUAAACUGGAUUCAAAAAAAGCUUUACACAUAGGAAUGGUUGAAGAGGUCUUGCAGUCUUCACAUGAAACCGAAUGUCUCAAAGAGGCACAAGAGUGGCUACAGCAGUUUAUCGAAGGGCCACCAGAAGUAAUAAGAGCUUUGAAAAAAUCUGUUUCUUCAGUCAGAGAGAUUUGUUUCGAGGAGGCAUUACAGACUGAAAGAGAUCUUUUAGGAACACUUUGGGGUGGACCUGCAAAUUUAGAGGCUAUUGCUAGGAAAGGAAAGUUUAAUAAAUAGUUUUUAAAAAUAUGUACUACAAGUAAAAUUCCAGUGAGUUUUUUUACAUGUAUAAAAAGUAAAAUGAUAUUAAAUAUGAAUGUCAAAAUACUUUGAAGGCUAUUAUUAGUAUUUGGGUUUGUUUUUAACAACUGUUUGAAUACCUAAACUCAUUGGCCUAGUUUUUAGUUUAUUUGGGUACUUACCAAUUUUUUAAGUAAAAAAGUUUUAAUUUUGAACAUCUGACUAAAAUAUACAACACUUUUGGCUUAAAAA